AUGACGAUCUGUACUUAUAACGCCUGCACGCUUGCAUCGGAUGCGGCUAGUGAAGAACUGAUAAUGCGAUCCAGGAAGGUCAACACUGUGUAUGACACUGGAGAAGAACUGUUCUCAGGAAUAUGCGACAGCAGAGGAGUUGCUGGAGUUGGUCCUCGUCAACACGAAGAUGGCAAUGAACAUCGAUUUUUUCGAACAACUUACAAUCCGAAUCGGACGUUUACGGAUGAGAAGAUGCGGUUCAAUGCAACUUUGGCAAUCUUCGCCGCUUACGCUCCAAUAUCGAGCUACGAAGAAGAAGAAGUCGAAGCUUUCUGUAUGGAUCUAGAGAAGUUCUACAGAGAAGAUCACAUCUUCUACAAGGUCAUAAUUGGUGAUUUCAAUGCCAAAAUUGGCCCCAGAAGUACCCCUGAAAAGCUUCGCAUCUAUGCUGGACGUGGGAGUCGCCCAGUGAACGGUGCCGUUCUGAAUUUUACCAUGCCAUCCUCACUAAAAGAUUUGCGAGACGGACUCACUGUUAUGUUGAAGUUCUAUGCGGGACCGAACCAUUGUCUCCUCCGAGAAAGAUUAAUCCUGCCUAAGAGAAGAAAAGCUGAGAGAGCAAAGACUACAUUAUUAACUGGGAUCUCAUCGCUACCUAAGCCUGCUUUUGGAAAGAUCCCGCAAUGGAUAACAUUAGCGAAAUGUACGAUUGGCUCGUUGAAAACUCUUGAGCUGAUAUGCCAACGUAAAGAACUUCGAGUUCGCAAGGCUCUGCAAACCAACAUCGACCGGGAGCUCUUCGCUUCGCUUGUCGGCUUUUGGAAGGAUACCGUCAUGGACAACGUUGACGACGAAUAUGAACGGCUUGUAGAACAUCUUCACGACUGUACGAGCAAAGCGAAAAGUUUCAAAACCACCAAGAGUCCACUGUCUCCGAAAACUCUAGCUGAUACAGAGGCGACGAAUGAAGACCUCAAAGAGAGAAGAGCAGAAGUGUUGGCUGAAGCUGCGAGGCAGAGCAUUCGAUACGCUAAUCGGAACUUCGCCAAUCGUAAAACAACAAUGACUGCUCUCUGGACCCCAGAUCGAACAACUACAGCAUUUAGACGGAGAAGGAGAACGUCAUGUAUAAGAAGAGUGAAUGGAGAUAAGAAGGGAUACCUACAAGACAUUGAUAACUACCGCCCAAUCUGGUUACUGUUUGUCAUCUGCAAGCUCUUCACAAGAGUGAUGCUAAACAGAAUAGAAAGAACAAAAACAGAACGAGAAGGACAGCCAUGCGAGCAAGCAGGGUUUCGAAAAGGGGUCAGUACGAUUGAUCACAUACGCACAGUUGAGACCGAAGCGGUCAUGGAGGGCUUGAACAACCAAGGCGUCCCUCCUCCAUGCAUAAAGAUACUUCGUGAGUUGUACAGCAACUUCAUGUCCAAAUUUUCACCACUCUACAAUGAUGCCAUAAUCAACGUGAAGAGAGGGGUUCGUCAGGGUAUCGCAAAUUUCCCCCAAAAUAUUCAGUGCCACUAUCGAGAACGCGAUGCGAGGAUUGGAAUGAAGUAA